CAACAUUCAUCGAGUGGAGAGGGAUGGAGAACGGGUCAACGUUGAAGAAGAAAUGGGGAUUUCAGCCGAAUCCAGAGCUGAAUACGGCAUCGGAGAUCACCAUUAGAGGCGUCCUCGAGAUGCUCAUUUCCAAUCUCAAUCAAUCUGAUGUCAGACACGUCAUCCCUCUCGGCCAUGGCGAUCCUUCUGCUUUCCCCUGCUUUCGUACUACUCAGAUUGCAGAAGAUGCCAUCGUCGAUGCCGUACGUUCUGCCAAGUUCAAUGGUUAUUCACCUACGGUCGGUGUUCUUCCUGCUAGAAGGGCAGUAGCAGAGUACCUUUCACAACGUCUUCCAAAUAAGUUAUCACCAGAUGAUGUAUUCUUGACAGUAGGUUGCAUACAAGCGAUUCAAACCAUAAUAACGGUGCUUGCGAAUUCCAAAGCAAACAUUUUACUCCCAAGACCAGGGUUUCCAUAUUAUGAAGCCGUUGCUCAAUCAUGCCAUUUGGAAGCCCGUCACUUUGAUCUUCUUCCAGAUAAAGACUGGGAGGUUGAUCUUGAUGCAGUUGAAGCUCUUGCAGAUGAAAACACAGUAGCCAUGGUCAUAAUUAACCCUGGAAAUCCUUGUGGGAAUGUUUUCACAUAUCAACAUCUACAGAAGGUUGCUGAGACUGCCAAAAAGCUUGGGAUAUUAGUGAUUUCUGAUGAAGUUUAUGACCAUAUUACUUUUGGGAAAAAUCCUUUUGUUCCGAUGGGAGUCUUUGGAUCAUUUACCCCUGUCGUUACACUGGGUUCUAUUUCAAAAAGAUGGAUUGUUCCUGGUUGGCGGCUUGGAUGGCUUGUCAUUAAUGAUCCUAAUGGCAUACUUAAGGAACAUGGGAUUAUUGAAUGCAUUACAGGAUAUCUCAAUAUAUCCUGUGACCCUCCAACAUUUAUUCAGGGAGCGGUUUCAGAUAUCCUUGGGAAAACACAAGACGAUUUCUUUGCAAAAAUUGUAAAUUUAAUAAAAGAAGAUGCAAAUACUUGUUAUGAAGGCAUCAAAGACAUCCCUGGUAUAAUUUGCCCGAGCAAGCCUGCUGGAUCAAUGUUUGUUAUGGUCAAAUUAGACUUAUCGGCCUUUGAGGACAUUGAGGAUGAUUUGGAAUUCUGCGUCAAGCUUGUUAAAGAAGAAUCGCUAAUAAUCCUACCAGGUGUAGUUGUAGGACUCAAGAACUGGAUACGAAUAACAUAUGCUAUCGAGCCCUCGUAUCUUCAGGAUGGUAUCAAGAGGCUUAAAGCCUUUUGCGAAAGGCACUCCAAGAAAGCAUAAAUUAAGCGUCAAACGCUCAUUGGAUCACGUCUCAUGAUCCCGAAAAAGGAAUCCGCUUGUUGGAUCGUCAACUGCUCGUUGGAUCGUAUGCAUAUGCUUCAUAUAAAAAUGUAUAAUAUCUCUUGAAUAAAGUCCCACGAAGAUCAUGGUGCCUUAUAUUUGGUGAUCCAAGAUCGUAUAUUUGUAUGUCCUACACCAUGUUUCAUUGGGUUUUAGUCGAACAUUUAAUUACUCCCGUUGAAAUCCAACCUUUUUGUUGCUGCUUAGAAUUCCAUACAAAGACAAUAACAUUUAU